GCCGCAUAUUCUUAAGCUUCCCUCAGGAGCUCGUAAUCAUCCGACGACACCCGCGUUCAUUCCAUGUUCCACCUGGUGUUCCAGCAGCCGCAGCUCCAGCACCGAUAGCAAACUAACUGAAAUCAUGGCUGCACUUGGUCUCGGGUUGAAGGUCGCCUUCUACUUUCACCCUUGUGGUCUUUUCGCUUCCUUGUUCCUCUCGCAACUGAUCCGCUACCGCUACGGGACUGUCGAUAAUGGAACCGCCACGGCCGACCAAAAGAAGGUCGAGAAGGUUCAACGCUUCUAUGCAAAGCUCAUAUGGGCCCUUCAACUACUUUUGGUCCCUUUAAUGCUAGCCAGCAUUGUCCUGGUAGCUUCUAAUGCGCUUACCAACGAGGGCGUCAAUUUCCCCCAUAGCGCAUACCUGGCAUCCCACAUUGGGGUCUUGCUCUAUUUCCUGGCUGGUCUGCUGCCUGACCCAGAUGGUCCCUGGACGCCAACCGUCCCUCAUUGCCACGCAUGGGUCGUCGGUGUGCUCCUAGAGAUUGUCAUCUCGGCUGUGUUCAUCGCGGAGCAGCCCUUGAUUCAAGUACCGAAGGGGCUUCUCGAUAGCCUGUGCGGGUUGAGCUUGGCCCGAAUCGUCGUACUUGUGCUCAUGAUCACACUGUUGGUUCGCAGGCAGUACGAGUUGAGAAACCCGGAAAAAGGGUCGGCCGGUGAACAGGAGUCCCUGCUUGGAAACACCGAUGCAUCUGCGAACGGCUAUGGUGCCGCCAACACCAACGGCAAUGCGACCAAGCGCGAAGUUAAGAAGCCCCGUGAUCCUCAGCGGUCCGGCUGGUUCGACUACAUUGCGGGAUUCCGAAUUCUGUUCCCCUACCUGUGGCCUGCCGACUCGCGCCUGCAUCAAGCCACCGUGGUUGUUUGUCUGAUUCUUUUGAUCGCUCAGAGGGUUAUCAACUUCUAUGUUCCCAUCCAGCUUGGCGUGCUUGUUGACUCUUUGGGAUACGGUCGCGUACCGUACAAGGAGAUCGUUCUCUACGUCGUUUUCCGAGGCCUUCAGGGUCAACAGGGCGCCAUCGGCGCCGCUCGCUCCGUUCUCUGGAUACCGGUAUCUCAGUCUCUGUUCCGACGGCUGUCCUGCGCAGCAUUCGAGCAUGUUUUGGGGCUGUCGAUGGAUUUCCAUCUGAGCAAGCGCAUCGGCGAAGUGACCAGUGCCCUCAGCCGCGGCAGUGCCAUGAACACAUUCUUGGAGAAUUUCGUGUUCCAGGUUUUUCCCAUGAUCUUCGACAUCUUCGUGGCGGCUGUCUAUUUCUUCAUCAGCUAUGACGCUUUCUACACUGUCGUUGUCUUGACCAUUAUGUGGUCAUAUAUCUUUCUCACCAUGUAUAUGGCCAAGUACAGAGGGAGACAGAGGAGGGAUAUGACGACCAAGAGCCGCGACAUGGAAGCUGCCAAGACGGAUGCCAUCAUGGCCUACGAGACUGUGCAGCACAAUUGUGCGGUAAAAUCUGAGACAGACCGGUUCAGGGGACAUGUGACGACAUAUCAAAAAGCUGAACGUUUGGUGUUAUGGUCUUUGAAUUUGCUAAACUUGACCCAGAGCUCAGUAUUCACUCUUGGAACUGCACUGAUCGUUGCCUUGUCGGCCUACAAGAUAUCCAUCGGACAGCAGAGCAUUAGCGGAUUCGUCACGCUCAUCACUUACUUUACACAGCUUCAAGCCCCGUUGAACUUCUUCGGGACGUAUUACACGAUGCUCCAGAACAAUCUGAUCGAGGCGGAACGGAUGCUUGAUCUGAUGAAUGAGACCUCGGGAAUUGUUGAAAAGCCCGACGCCGUCGAGCUCCCAGCUGCACAAGGUGAAGUCAAAUUCAACGAUGUCAAAUUUUCCUAUCAAGGAAAGGAACCAGCCAUAGGCGGCAUCAGCUUCACUGUUCUACCCGGAACCAAGACUGCCAUCGUCGGAGAGUCUGGCAGCGGAAAAUCGACGUGUCUGAAGCUCCUGUUCCGGUUCUAUGACGUGAACAGUGGUUCAAUCACAGUUGACGGCCACGACAUUCGAGACCUCAAGGUUGAUAGUCUGCGCAGGCAGAUUGGAGUCGUGCCGCAGGACACUGUCCUUUUCAACGCUACGAUCAUGUACAACUUGCUCUACGCUAAUCCCAAAGCGUCCGAAGCCGAUGUGUUUGAGGCGUGCAAGGCAGCAAACAUUCACAACCGCAUAUUGGCUUUCCCAGACGGCUACGAUACGAAGGUCGGCGAGCGAGGCUUGAAGUUGUCAGGUGGCGAACGUCAACGGGUUGCUAUUGCCAGAGCAAUCCUGAAAGACUCGCGCAUUCUCCUCCUGGACGAGGCCACGGCCUCACUGGACUCCAGCACCGAGAGAAUCAUUCAAGACGCAUUGGAAAAGGUCACGACCGGAAGAACUACGGUCACCAUAGCGCACCGUCUGUCAACUAUCACCAACUCGGAUCAGAUUAUCGUGCUUCACAAGGGGCAAGUGGUCGAGCGUGGUACUCACUCGGAGCUGUUGAGCCUCCGAGGAAGCUAUUUUGCCAUGUGGGAGAAGCAGACGACCACUGAUCGGGAGGUUGCGGAAACUCCGAAGGAAUAAUAUUGGGUUGGAUUAGAUUAGAGUGUGUGAAGUAUAAAGGAUGUUUUGAUAGAAUGUUCUACAGGCCGCAGACUGGUGUAGAAUAGCGUUUGUAUGAUAGUGUACGUCAAGGCAUAGCGAUGGCCGAUGAUACAAACAGACCGCCGUUUCGAAUCCCAAGUUUGUGGUCGUCUUAUGUGACGCAGGGCAUCGUCAUUGAUUAUUGUAAUUCGACUGGAUAAUUUC